GCGGCGCACGGCGCGCCGAGGCCGUGAGCGCUGUCUCGGCUGUGGUGGCUGGGGCGAGGCCGGUGUGUCACUGCCCGUCCCUGCCCUGCUCUGCUCCCUGCAGAGGCUGAAGGCGGCGGUUCACUACACGGUCGGGUGCCUGUGCGAGGAGGUGGAGGAGGACAAGGACGUGCAGUUCAGCAAGCAGAUCAUCGCAGCCAUCUCGGACAUCACCUUCCGGCAGUGCGGUAACAGCUGCGUUCCCCGCUGUUGCCCGGGUUACCUGCAGUCGCCUCGUGGUACCUGGGUUACGGUCCAUGGCUGUUCAGGAGCCACCGCUGGAGGCACAGGGCUUCAAAAAUAAUAGCACCCAACUAGGUGUCGCCGGGGCAUUCUCUUGCAUUGUAUUUUUUUUAAAAAUCUUUGCAAAAGACCUCGAAAUGUUUGCAAGGCAUGCAAAACGAACCACAAUCACUACAGAAGAUGUGAAGCUUUUGGCUAGAAGAAGCAAUUCUUUGCUAAAAUAUAUCACUCAGAAGAGUGAAGAGCUUGCAUCAAGUAACAUGGAGCAGAAGGAAAAGAAGAAAAAGAAGUCCAGCACAGCUAAGGGAGAGAGAAUUCCUGGGGAACAAGAAGCAGCUGUGACUGAAAAUGAAGAUUCCAACAUGACAUGAUUUAUCUUUAGAGUAAUGUUUCAGGUCAUUUUCUCAUACUAUCCUAGAGGAACCAGAAUUAGCCUAUUCAUCUUGCAGGUUAGCUCCAGGAAUGAAUCUUUAGGUUUUCAGGUGAAUGUGAUUGCAUUUUUAUUGUUCCAAAAAUGAAAAGCCUGUCAGUAUUCAGUAAGCUUACAGCUAAAAUGCCUUAAUUGCUCACAAAAGGUAUCUGAUAUUAAAAUCCAAGUACUUUAAAUAAAGAGUUUGAAACAGACCAUUUUC